AUGCAGAGUUUGAAACAACAAGACUACUACCGGGCUUGUACAUUCACUGGUAUCCCCGGACAUAUGAUGUUUCCCGAUCCAUCUUAUGGGAAAACAGCGUGGACUCCUCAAUCGUCGCCAUCAAAUCAAGGUUACCAUCCAAAUCCUUUACAAUCUUUAGGAAAAUCUACUUUGGAUUCUUCAAAUACACCCUGGAGGCCGCAAGAAAAGAAAAGGCGUGUGAUUGAAAAUUGUGAAUCGAGUGAAGAGAGAGGAACUCGAGAUCUUUCUUGUGAUAUUAUUGAUAUAUGGAGUCGUGUGCCGAAAACUGAAUUUAAAGUUAUACGAGCCUUUAAUCGAGUUGGUCGCUUAUCUCUAAAACAAAUUGAAUCAUCUAAGGUCGGUAAAAUUAAUGGAAGGAAAUGUUCCUCGACAGGGACAGAUUUCAAAUGGUGGAUCAAUACCGAUUUUUCUAUCUCCGCCUUUUAA